GUUUGGUCACACUGCAGGGUUGGCUUGGCGACGCAAUUUUCCGAUUUUUAAACUCAAGCGGCAAAGCAAUCCUGAUUUUUAGUGAAAAUUCCCAGCACGAAUAGAAUAUUCCAGUAUUUGUAAUGAAAAACGAGAUGCAGGGACUGUUCAGUGAUCCGGCGUUGGAACGCCAUUUUACGGGCCACUCGGGUAGCAUCACACAAUUGCGUUUUAGUCCCGAUGGCGCCCAAAUCGCCACUUCCUCCUCGGACGCCUCCGUGAUCCUGUGGAAUCUCAACCAAGCGGCACGCUGCAUACGCUUUGUAUCCCACUCGGCGGCGGUGAAUGGAGUGGCCUGGUCGCCCAAGGGCAACCUGGUGGCCUCCGCCGGACACGAUCGCACCGUCAAAAUUUGGGAGCCCAAGGUACGCGGAGUUUCCGGGGAGUUUGUGGCCCACGGAAAGGCCGUUCGCAGCGUGGACUUCGAUCCGACCGGUCACCUAAUGCUCACAGCCUCGGAUGACAAGUCGGCAAAGAUAUGGCGCGUGGCCAGGCGGCAGUUUGUCACCUCAUUUGCCCAGCAAAACAACUGGGUGCGCUGCGCCAAGUUCAGUCCGAAUGGCCAACUGGUGGCCACCGCCAGCGAUGACAAAUCGGUGAGGAUCUACGACGUGGACAGCGGCGAGUGUGUGCGCACCUUCACCGAGGAGCGUGCGGCUCCCAGGCAACUGGCCUGGCAUCCGUGGGGCAACAUGCUGGCCGUCGCCCUCGGCUGCAAUCGCAUCAAGAUCUUCGACGUCUCCGGCAGCCAGUUGCUGCAGCUUUAUGUGGUGCACUCGGCGCCGGUCAACGAUGUGGCCUUCCAUCCCAGCGGACACUUUUUGCUCUCCGGCAGCGACGAUCGCACCAUUCGCAUUCUGGAUUUAUUGGAGGGCAGACCCAUCUAUACUCUAACUGGACACACGGAUGCAGUCAAUGCGGUGGCGUUCACUCGGGAUGGGGACAAGUUUGCCACUGGCGGCAGCGAUCGUCAGCUCCUCGUUUGGCAGUCCAAUCUGCACACCUACGACGCCUCCCAGUUUGAGGCCAAGUCCGCCCUGGUCUCUUCGGGUUGCGACACCAGUGCCGCCUCUUCGAAACAGAGCCUGGCCAGCGGCGCCUCCAAGUCCAAUGACCUGAGCAUCCGCAUUGAUCCGCGACAAUCGAUGGCCUUCCAGGCGUCGGAGGAGAACUUCCAGGUGCUCGACAGUAAACACUCGAAUCAGCCGCAUAACACGCAGGAGGCCAUUCUCGCCCAGGGCAUGGACUUCAAGACGCGAAGCGCCAGCCCGCACUUCUUCUAACCAAAAACAGAAUAGCCUUUGCCGCACUCAACCAGCCAAACCUUCCGCAGGUGCUGGACGUGUCCCUCGAAUCUGGCUCGGAUUCGUGCUCUUGUGCCGCGCAGCUGGAGGAGAUCAGCAAGCUGUUGGCGCUUAUCGACGAGCGGGUACGGCGGCUGGAGGGCAUAUACUCUUUGUAGCUAACUACACGGCCUUAUAUAAGUUUUUACAUAAUAUUAAUAUAUGUAGCUUGCCAUUAAGGUAUUCUAUUUAAUACUGAAUGACGAAUUUUCAGAGAAAAAAUAUUAAAAACAAUUAUUUAUAAAUAUAAA